AUGUUUAAAAUUAGAAAAAGAUCCAAUAAAGACAACCUUAUUUGUCAAAGGCCUGGUUGUAAUAAUAUCUGUAAAAUUGAAAAUAAUGGUAUUGAGGUUAAUUAUUGUAGUAGUUCUUGUCAGGCAAAAAAUUAUUCUAGCGUAGACAAUAAUUCUAUGACAAACGAAAUUCCUCAAAUUUUACAACCCAUUUCUACUUACAACACCGCAAAAAUGAAUAAUAAUAAUAACAGUGGAGGAGGUAGUAGUAGCAGUAGUAAUAUGAUAGAUGAUGAUGAUGAAUCAUCUGAUAUUCCAUUGUGGCUAAGUGCACCGGCCGAAAGGGAUUUAAUUUACGGUGAUUUUAUUUAUGAUCCAAUCUCGAUUCCUUCUAAUAAUGCUAUUAAGGAUGAUGAUGAUGAUCUAGAAAUAUCAUGCCCAUCUUGUACAUUCUUUAUUCGACCAAAUAAAACAGUAUGUGAAAUGUGUGGUACAAUAGUAUCAAAAAAGAAGGAGGAAAAGAAAACAGCAACAGCAACGUCUCCACCUCCAUUACCAUCAUCAGUUGUCAUAGGUCGAAAUGCAACUUUAUCGGGCUCAAUUGAAUUACAAUGCGGCUCGUGUUCGUUUAUUAAUGAUCCAAAUAGUGGACAAUGUGAAAUGUGCUUUUUACCUUUAAUUAAUAAGAACAAAAAUAAAUUUGAACAUUUAUUUGCAAAUAAGUUACCAAACAACAACAAUGACAAAAUUCAAUGCUUACAUUGUACAUAUUUAAAUAACUCAUCAUCCUUGACAUGUGAAAUGUGUCAUAAUGAAUUAGUUGGUGGUGGUGAAAGUUUAAGAUCGAUUAAUAAAAAUAAGAAAACAAUUGUAAUUCCUUUGAAAAUGAAUGAUCACGAUUACAUGGUCACACAGCAACAUUUCCGUGUUGGAUUACCGGCAGCAAAAAUUUUGACAAUAUUGCGCUUACAAAUGCCAUCCAGAUUAGUUGAAGCACAUGAAAAACAUAAGAAACAAAUAGCUAAAAAUGGUAAUCGUAAUUUGGAAUCCGUUACUCAUAAAAUGUUUCACGGAACAAGAGUUUGUUGCAAUGUGGUUCGUUAUGGUGGAUUAGCUGUAUGGGAUUUUUGUAAAGCCAAUUGUGGAGUGUGUGGAAUAGCAACGAAUGGAAAUAGUCGUAAAUUUUCUAAACAUCAAGGAAGAAUGUGGUUUGCAAAUUCUUCUGCAAUUUCUCUUGGUUACUGUUCAAAUGAUCCAAUUAAAGCAAUCUUUAUAGUGGAUGUAAUUUCAUUAGUAGGACCUCAAGCAAAUGUAAUUAUUGUUGAUAAAGAAGAGGCAACGCUUGUAAAAUUCUUGGUCCUUUUUCAGGACUUGAGCAUCAAUCAAUUAACCGGAAACAUCCCCGAGUCAUUGAUGCAGCUGAAGGCACUGAAGACGUUAAACCUUAACACUAAUUUAUUAUCAGGUGACAUCCCAGCAACGUUGGCUCAAUCUAAUUUUCAAAAUACCCUUACUGUCCUUGAUCUCGGUGCCAAUGCAUUCCAAAAUAAAAUACCAGAUUCCAUUUCAACAAUGAAAAACUUAUUGACCUUAUCAUUAGGAAAAAAUAGUUUGAAUGGGCAAAUACCAGCAUCAUUGGUCAAAUUAGUCAAGUUAAGUGAUUUGGUCCUAAAUGAUAAUCAGUUGACCGGAAUGUGGUUUGCAAAUUCUUCUGCAAUUUCUCUUGGUUACUGUUCAAAUGAUCCAAUUAAAGCAAUCUUUAUAGUGGAUGUAAUUUCAUUAGUAGGACCUCAAGCAAAUGUAAUUAUUGUUGAUAAAGAAGAGGCAACGCUUGUAAAAUUCUUGGUCCUUUUUCAGUGA